AUUUUGACGAUAACUGCUAAAUCUAAAAAAAAGUCAUUUGAAUAGUUUCAUUGAUACAGUUUAGUAUUAUGUUUAUUGACAUUUAAAUAUCUUUCUUUACAACGUAAAUUUUGAAUAGGAAAAAGACGGUAUGGACUUAUAAAAUCAUAUACUGUCACAAAGCGAAAGAUGAAAAAUAUUCGACCAGUUAUCGUUGUGGUUUUCUUAAUCAUUGUUGUUUUCCAAAACGCAUGUGUCUUGUCUUGUCCAGUAAAUUGCAAGUGCAGAGGUAAAGGAUCUAUGUGUGGAUCAGGAUCUUUUAGCACUUUUCCGACCGGUCUGGAUGGUUCGACAGAGUACCUCGGCGUUUCUGGAUCCGAGUCCCAACCGAACAAUAUCACUACAAUACAGCAAGCAAAUUUUCAAGAAACCCGAAGCCUCUUUUCAUUAGCAAUUACUUUUAGCGGUGUGCGAAGAGUUGAAGAUGAUGCAUUUUCCUUUCUCCAAAAUCUGCAUAUUUUGAAUUUGGCGAAUAAUGACAUUCGAAAUAUGUCAGCGAAUUCUUUCAAAGGAUUAACAAAAUUAGUUUCUUUGGAUUUGUCAGGCAACAAGAACUGUGACUUAAGUAAAUCUUUAUUUACCUAUAUUGGUUCGGUUGAGGACUUAAAUCUAGGAGAUAUGAACCUUAAAGUCCUGGAGAGCGAUUUAUUUGACUAUGUUCCGGGAUUGAAAAAGUUAAGAUUGUACACGAAUGGCCUGAAAAAAAUUCCUACGGAUGUCAUUUCACCACUCCUGCAUUUGGAAUUCUUAGAUAUCAUUUCGAAUAAAUUAACAGGACUUCAAAGUGAGUUAAAACCGGCUUUUACGAAACUGAGACAGCUGAAUCUCGAAGAAAAUCCUUGGCAGUGCAAUUGUCAGAUGCAAUGGUUACGCGGCCUUCCGGCGUCUAUGAAAAUCAGCGUCACUGACCUGAAAGAUAUCAUCUGUCAUGGACCAGACAAUUUGAAAUAUUUCUCUUUCAACAAUAUUGCUGACAACAUGCUUCGGUGUAUUCCAUUCAAAAUUAGGAACUGUGGAAAUGUUAACCAUUCCAUUGAAGAAAACAAGUUGAUUUCUCUGCCAUGUGUGUUUGAAGGUGACCCUUCACCGGAAAUAAAAUGGACCCGACCAGAUGGUCAUGAAAUCGUUGGAAGGGAAACUAUUGCAGGAAAUUACGAGAUAUUCAGAAAUGGAACGCUACUUAUUCACCACGUGACCGCAAAUGACAACGGAGACUGGACAGUUUCUGCAUUUAACAAAACAACACACGUUGAAAAACAUAUCAAAAUCAAUGUCAUUUUACACUCGACAUCAACGGUCCUGCCAGCUUCAACAAAGUUAGCUUCAACGGUAUCAAGGCCUACCGCGGCAACGAAGUCUGCAACGUCGCGAUCGUCCGCUAACACGUCGUCUGCUAACACGUCGUCUGCUAACACGUCGUCUGCUCGUGUAUCUGCUACCACACCACGUCCAAAAUCGGGAUCAUCGUCACUAUCUUGCAACGUGCAUGGUAAAAUAAUACUGUGCAUGUUCUUUAUCUUCGUGAUGACAUUAUUCAAACAAAUAGUCAGCAAUAUCCAGAAUCACCUGUUUUCGCGAAGUCACAUGGCGGGUCGAGGCAGGAAAAAAGAUGGAGGGGGCAUGAGCCCAAAAGGCGUUUAUAUAGACGAUAUGGAGGCUCUUGUUGAGGCAGUGGGGAAGAGGUUAGAAGGUAGUCUUGAAAAACUUCAGGAAUCAGUGGAUAAAUGUGUGUUAGCUGCUGACUUUGUAAAAGUAAAAUGUGCUGUUAGAGUUAACCGUUAUGAAAUUGAUAAACUAAAUCAGUACUCAAGAAGGGAGAACGUGAGAUUAUUUGGUUUAGCUAUUGAUCAGGGAAAAUCGCUUACUGAAACGGUAAUUUCUAUGUUUAAUCACAUCGCUAGACUUGAUGCCAAAUGCAAGGACAUCGAAACGUCUACAGGGAAACAUAUGACGAGGAGACAUAGCAAUGGUAGUGUUGUCGAUGAGUCGGAAAUAAAUUUGAGUGUCUCCAACAACUUAGAAGAAGGAUUGGAUGAAUCUUAUACUCCAUUCUCUGCUGCAGAUAUCAGUACCUGUCAUCCGAUUAAAGGGAAGAAACCGCAUCAUAUUGUUAGAUUUGUAUCACGUAACAAGCUGAUGGUGUUGUUUUCAAUAAAGAAACGUUUAUCAAUCAGCCAAACGUACAAGGGAGUGUUCAUAUCUGAUGAUCUAACACCGUUGAGGCUACGUCUAAAGGAUUAUAUCAAGGAAUCGGGGAAAGUUUCUAAACUUUACACUCGUGAUGUUGAUAUAGUUUCUAACCAGGGUGAUGAUGGAAACAAGUUAUCUUGUAGUAAAAAUGACAACAUUAAUAAACAGUUAUCGCACGUUGAUUUUUAUUACCAUAAUAGUGAUAUAGGGGCAUGUAGUAUGAACUCAAAAUAUGACUCUAAUCAAGUUAAUAUGUGUGUAUCUGCUGACAAGGAUUCUACUUUAAGUAAUCAUGAUGAUAAACAGUUACCGAAUAACAGUGACUUGGGCCAAGUGAAUCAAAAUCAGUGGAACAAUGAUAAUUCUAGUCAUAUAGAUCAGUGUUUAAUAAAUAUUCAACCUUGUUCGAGUACAAGUUACUCAAUAUCUGAUGUGCAUUGUGCAUUGGAAUUUUGUUUUAACUUGAACAUUAUACCAGAUUGUAAUGUUAUGGAUGCAAGUAUCAAAUCUAAAGAUGAUGUUUGUUAUAGGCCUGUGUGGAGUUCUAAUUUAAGUGCUAGUUAUAAGCAUAAGUUCGAUAACACAGCUGUAUCAAAUUUAUUGGAUGAGCUUAAAGAGGUUUGUGAAAAUCGUCAAUUUGAUGUAAAUGUUGUUAAUCAUUUGACCGGUAAAGUGUCUGGUAUUUUAACCGAUGCAGCUGUAAGUUGUGAUCUUAUAAAGAAAAAUGUUAAUCAUAGGAAGUCUAAGAAAAACAAUAAAAUUUGGUUUGAUAGUGAUUGUAAAAAUGCUCGUAUUCAAUAUAUGAAUUAUAAAAACAUGUAUAGCAGGAACCCUACUGCAGAAAAUAAAGAUAGUUUAGUUUGUAGUAGCCGACAGUAUAAAAAAGAAGUUAAGAAAAAGUUUAGAGCAUAUCAGAAAAGCAUUGUUGAUAAAAUUAAAGGUUUAAAAAAUAAAGAUCCUAGAUCUUAUUGGAGUCUAUUGAACAAAUAUUCAGGUGAUCGGAAGGAAGUUAUUAACAAAGUAACAACUGAGGCUUUUUUUGAUCAUUUUAGUAAAUUGAAUGAGGUUGACACUCAAGUUGACAUUGAUGACUUUGAUAUAACUAAUGUCUCGUCAAAUAACUCUGAUUUAGAUAAACCAUUUACUGUAUUAGAAAUACGUAAAGCUAUUAUUUCACUGAAAAACAAUAAAGCAUCAUCUUCCUUUGAUCAUGUAUUGAAUGAAUAUCUGAAGAAUGUACCCGACAGCAUGUUUGAUGUGUUUUGUUAUUUGUUUAAUAUUAUUUUAGAUUCUGGAAUUUUUCCUGAAGUUUGGAGUAAAGGGAUUAUUUUACCAAUAUACAAAAACAAGGGUAACAUAGACGAUCCAGAUAAUUAUAGGGGAAUUACUAUACUUAGUUGUUUUGGGAAACUUUUCACAAAUGUUCUUAACUCUAGACUCAAUAAUUUUUUAGAAAGUAAUAAUAUUCUCUGUGAAGAACAAGCUGGAUUUAGGAAAAAGUAUAGCACUACUGAUCAUAUAUUUUCUCUGAAAACUUUGAUUGAUUUAUAUCUGUCUAAAGGUAAAAAGUUAUAUUGUUCUUUUAUUGAUUAUAGAAAGGCUUUUGAUAGCAUAAAUAGAACUGCACUUUGGCAGAAAUUAAUUAGCAAUAAUGUUGAUGGUAAAUGUAUAAAGAUCAUUUAUAACAUGUAUUUACAAGCUAAAUCUUGUGUUAAAAUUAAUUCUUUUAGUCAUAUGUCUGAUUUUUUUACAAGUCAUACAGGCGUUCGUCAGGGUGAAAACUUAUCUCCCAUAUUGUUUUCUUUAUUUUUAAAUGAUUUAAACUAUUUCCUGUCACAACAUUUUAAUGGUCUGGAUCUACUAUCAAACAUUGUAAAUGAUACCCUGAGUGAUUCUGAUGUUGAAAUGUAUUUUAAAUUGUAUAUUCUUUUAUAUGCUGAUGACACUGUCAUAUUUGCUGAAUCUGCUGAAGAACUACAAAAAGCACUAGAUGCAAUGUCAAAUUAUUGUCAAUUAUGGCAUUUACAAGUUAAUCCUAGUAAAACUAAAAUUGUUGUUUUUUGUAAAAGUAAAAGAGGUUUAUGUAAUAUUCCAGCCUUUAGUUUUGAAGGUAAUUUGCUAGAAAUUGUUGAUGAUUUUUCAUAUCUGGGUGUUAAGUUCUCUUAUAAUGGUAAAUUUGCUAAAACAAAGAAUCAUUUAUUAGAACAGGCAAGGAAGGCUAUGUUUUCAAUUAUAGUUAAGGCUAGAAAAUUGGAUUUGCCUAUCAGUAUGCAAAUUCAUUUAUUUGAUAGCAUGGUAGCACCUAUAUUGUUAUAUGGUAGCGAAGUGUGGGGAAUUGAAAAUGUGAAUAUCAUUGAUAGAUUUCAAUUAAAAUUUUAUAAACUCAUAUUAAAUUUGAAACAAAGUACUCCAAAUUGUAUGCUUUAUGGAGAUUUAGGGAUAUUACCUUUAUCUAUUCAUAUAAAAAGUAGAGUUUUGUGUAUUUGGAAUAAGAUUUUAAGUAGCAAACAGGAAUCAAUAAGCCAUAUAUUGUAUGAUAUGUCACACUCUUUGUAUUGUAGAAAUGUGUUGAAACUCCCAUGGAUGAAUAGUGUUUGUAAAUUACUAGAUUCACUGGGUUUAUCAAAUUUUUGGAUUAAUAAUGUUGCCACUUCUCUUCCAUUGUUUAAGAAAAUUGUUAAAAAUAGACUGAAAGAUCAGUUCAUUCAAAAUUGGCAUAGUGAAAUGUCACAAUCGAGUAAAUGUCUGAAUUAUAGAAUGUACAAAAGUGAAUUCAGAUUUGAAAAGUUUUUAGAUAUUUUACCAUCUCAUUUAGCUUUGGUACUAUUGCGCUUUAGAUGUAUGAACCAUAAAAUGCCUAUUGAGUCUGGUAGAUUUUGUAAUAUACCAAGAGAAUUAAGAGUGUGUAAUUUAUGCAAUAAUAGCUCACUUGGUGAUGAAUAUCAUUAUUUAUUUAAUUGUCAAUUCUUUAAUACUGAUAGAAAAAAAUAUAUUACUAGAGAGUAUAGUACUAAUGUUAAUUCAAUCAAGUUUUCUAUGUUAAUGAAUAGCACAGAUAGGAGUAUAUUGUUAAAACUUGCAGUAUUCUGUAAAAAAAUUAUUUCAGCAUUUAAGUAACUGAUAACUAAGCUUAUUUUCAUAAUGUAACACUUUCAUUUUUGAUUUAUAUUUGCCAUGUAAUACAUCAGCAUAUUUCGUGGAUAUCUCUUUAUAUGUCAUAAUAUAUGUAUAUAUAUUUGUAUAUGUGACUGAUGCCUCUAUGAGGCCCAGCAUUUUCAAAUAAACUGUUCAAA